UGUGAAUUAUGUAAUUAACUAAUGGUUAGAUAAUUCCCAUUAUCAAUAUUAUUUAUAACUAUAUUGUCCUCAAUUCAAGUAUCAGAUUAAAAUUCUCAUAGCCAAAGGACGUCCUGUUUUCAAAUUACAAAAUUUAAAAAAAAUGUGUGACAAAUGCAGUGAAGCAAAGUUCUUAGUAUCGGAGGAAAAUGCAAUUAAAAUCUUAAGAAAGUGUAAACAAAUUAAUAAACAUGCCCUUUUUAAAAGUUAUAGCAUACGAAAAGCUAGUGAAAAGAUGUUAGGAUUUUUAUCAGAUUAUUGGAAACUCGAAAUUCUAUAUGCCACUUGUAACGAUCAAAUUCAAUCUGUGAGUUUUUUUAUAAAAUCGAUAUCUAAAACUAAUUCAUCCAAAGCUAAGAUGGUAAGGGAGUUAAAACUUCUUGAUAAAGAAUUAAUAUUUUACACUGUUAUCAGAGAAAAAAUUAAUUUACUGGAUGUUGAACCCUGGAGUGCUGAGCUCAUAAUGACACUCAAUGAAGCAGUGGUUUUAGAAGAUUUGAAUUUUCUUCAAUAUACAACAAGAAACAAACACGAAACAUUCGACCAACAACACACCUUGAUAGCUUUACAAGCACUAGCGCGAUUCCACGCUGGGACAUUUGUUUAUGAAGAGAAGAAACGCAAACAUUUAAAGGAAUACGUUAUAAAUGACGAACACGAAGAAGUUCUUAAUAGAGGUGGUUAUAUGAAAUCCGAUCCAUGGUUUACACAAUGCAUGAUUGGCGCGUUAGAAGCUAUCAAAUCCUUUUCUAAAUACAAUAUGAUUCCUCAAACUCUGAGAGAAAUUGAAAACAAAUGGGCAAAAGUUUGGGAUUUAGCUCUUGAUUUUAGCCACGACUCAAACGAGUAUCGCAAUGUGAUUUGCCAUCGUGAUUUGUGGAAUAAUAAUAUUAUGUUUCGUUAUAAAGAAGUUAAUGGAAAACUAGUACCAGACAAUUGCGUGUUCGUCGAUUUUCAAGCAGUGACAUGUCAACCGCCCGCAGGCGAUGUCAUGUUACUUCUAAUUUGUAACUUGGAUCCUAAAUUUCGCGAAGAAAAUAUGACAAAUUUUUUGAAGUUUUAUUAUCAAGAAUUAAAAGAUAUUCUUGCUCGUUAUAAUGUAACAAUCACAGAUAUUAUGCCUUUUGAUCAAUUUCUAAGCUCGUGUGAGAAGUACAAACUGUGGGGCCUUGUAAUAACUGCAUGUCUAGUACCACAGUUUUGGGUUGAUGAUGAUCUUACGUUGACUUAUUUUAGUGAUACUGUUAGUUUUAGAGAAAUACUAACAGAAGAUAAAGGUUCGUUUAUUAAAAAUAUGAUGGCAAGUAAUGAUGAUUAUAGAAACAAAGUUAUGCAGGUGUUUGAAGAGAUUGUCGAUGCUUAUUGUCUUGACAAAAAAGACUUGUAACAUUUUUCAUAAACUAUUGAUAAGGAUAUUUACAAAAACAACAACUAUUAUAUAAUAUUAUGUAUUAAAUAAAAUGUUCGUUUCCUCUACAUUACAUUUAUUAACUUAUGACUGUACUUUAUUAUUAUUACCUACACAUAGAGUAAUUUAUUAUUACCUAUACAUAGAGUAACUCUUUCUGGUAAACUACACUUAACAAAUAAUCAAUAAAUCUGUGAACAGUA